AUGAAUGAUCACAUGGAAGCGUUGACGAUGAUUCUGAUGUGUGGCGACGGCACGUGCUGCUGUAUCCCUCGGAGGAGCAUGAUCGCCCUUAUAGCCAUCAUCAGUCUUGUAGCUUGCCUUCUAGAUAUGCUAACAUCGGAAAAGGCCAGUCAGUUUCCUGAGAACUGCACGUUAAUACGUACAGAGAUAGAGUGUGCGAAACAGCUUCUCAUGACGCUAUUUCAAAUGGCCAAUCUACUGUUACUGCUUGCUUCAAUUGUUGAGAGUGCAAUUUUAGUGCAACUAUACGUAUGGUACACCCUAGCGUUUGUCGUGAUGGGCCUGAUCGUGAACAUCGUGGAUUUCCUAUUCAAGUACAAAGUAGAAGGCACGUCGUGUUUGCUCGGGUUCAUCACUGAAGUCUGUUUUUUAUUUGUUAUAUUCAGAUGCUUACCACUAGUGGACACCUACAGAAAACACAUCAGCGGCGACUCCGACCUAACAUCAUAA